CGCACUUUGCGUAGCGAGGGGGAUUACUUAAGGCCUGGUGCUUGGCCUCAAGCAAGCCCUGCCUGUCCCCCUUUUUGGGGGUGGGGGCUGGGCGAGAGGCGAGGCUGGAAAAGAAGAGAAGGGAAAUUGGGGUUGUUAAGGGCAUUAUAAUUUCUUUAAGAAGUGAGGCUAGGAGAGGCCAUGGCUGUUCCAGCCAAGAAGAGGAAGAUGAACUUUUCAGAGCGGGAGGUGGAGAUCAUCGUGGAAGAACUAGAGCUGAAGAAGCACCUGCUGGUGAACCACUUCAAUGCUGGGGUCCCUCUGGCUGCCAAGAGUGCAGCCUGGCAUGGCAUCCUGCGAAGAGUCAACGCUGUGGCCACCUGCCGUAGGGAGCUGCCCGAAGUCAAGAAGAAGUGGUCCGACCUCAAGACCGAAGUCCGCCGCAAAGUGGCCCAAGUCCGAGCUGCUGUAGAAGGUGGCGAGGCCCCAGGGCCCACAGAAGAGGAUGGAGCUGGUGGACCUGGGACAGGCGGUGGCAGUGGUGGCAGUGGCGCAGCCAUAGCUCCAGUACUGCUGACCCCUAUGCAACAGCGCAUCUGCAACUUGCUGGGUGAGGCCACCAUCAUCAGCCUGCCCAGUACCACAGAGAUCCAUCCCGUGGCCCUCGGAUCUACGGCCACGGCAGCUGCAGCCACGGUCACCCUGACACAGAUCCCCACUGAGGCCACCUUUCACACCCUGGAGGAGGGAGUGGUGGAGUACUGCUCAGCCGAGCCUCCUCAGCCCCUGCCGACCGAAGCCCCCGUGGAGAUGAUAACUCAGCAAGCAGACGCAUCUGUCAAACCGCAGGCACUUAAGAGCCGCAUCGCCCUCAAUUCGGCCAAGCUCAUCCAGGAACAGCGGGUCACCAACCUCCACAUAAAGGAGAUCGCCCAGCACCUGGAGCAGCAGAAUGACCUGCUGCAGAUGAUCCGGCGUUCCCAGGAGGUACAGGCCUGCGCCCAGGAGCGGCAGGCCCAGGCCAUGGAGGGCACCCAGGCGGCCCUGAGUGUCCUCAUCCAGGUUCUCCGGCCCAUGAUUAAAGAUUUCCGACGCUACCUGCAGAGUAACACACCCACCCCGGCCCCAGUCCCUGACCCUGGACAGGUGGCCCAGAAUGGGCAGCCAGACAGCAUCCUCCAGUGAGGGCAGAAGUCAAGCCAGCGCUCUGCCGUGAUUGUAAGUGGUUUCUGUGAGUGGCUUCAAGUGGACCAUGUGGCUAGCUCCCUCUUGGAUAGAUAUUUGGGGCUUAUUGGUCUGAGAAAUGAAGGGGACUGGGAAAAGGAAAUUGCUGGGCUUCGGGAUCCAGUGGAGCUGCCUUGUUUAAAUCUGGGAGAUUUAGCUGGGAUUGUGUGUGCUGGCGAUGUCAUGGUCUAAGGCUUGAGACAUCACCCAGACUCCAUCCAGAACAACUUUAUUUUUUAUUUUUAUUUUUUUUUGAUUUUCGAGACAGGGUUUCUCUGUAGUUUUUGGUGCCUGUCCUGGAACUAGCUCAUGUAGACCAGGCUGGCCUCGAACUCACAAAGAUCCUCUUGCCUCUGCUUCCCGAGUGCUGGGAUUAAAGGCGUGCGCCACCACUGCCCUGCCGUCCAGAACAACUUUAAAGACAAACUGGUUCUCACUGGGGCCGUUUCACGCAUGGCACAGGAUCUUCAAUGGGCUGGGCUGCCCCACCUCAGGUACGCCACCUUUUCUAGUGCCAUCCUGCCGGUGGCACUGCCAGAAAUGCAAUAACGCCCACAGAAGAAUGUCUCCCAGCGCCACCGGGAAACCCCAGCCCUUUCUUCCUCCCACCGUGCCUCCAUUCUCAGGGGAUGCUCCUUACUGCUGUGUGCCACCACCAUCCUGGCACAGCCCAGCUCUUGGAAAUGCCCCAAGACACAUGCAGCUAGCCUGGCUCAGGAAUGCUGUGUGUGGUGGGGAUGGGUUGGCCACUCUCUUGUCUUCCAUGACGCCUCUGGGUAGCUGUUAUAUAGUUUGCCCCAACCCAGACUUUGACCCAGGUGGGCUUCAGGUGCUGUCAGUUAGAAGGCGAACCCUGUGGACUCCUGAUUCCUGCUGCAGUGCACUUGAGGCGAACUGCUAAUUUUGACUUUGUUUUAGUAUUAGUUUUUUAGAGAGCUCACGUCUAGCCAGUCGUAUUUAUUCUAUAGCCGAACCCCUUCUGGGAGGGCUCCAGGUUCUGUGGCCACCCUGUUUCCUCUCUGCUGGACCACACAUCUGAAAGACAGUGCGCAUUAGAGCCCUGCUCAGCAGUGUUCCCCGCCCCUGCUCUGUUACUCGUGCCUGGGGCAUUGUCAAUGCCCCCCGACUGGCAGACUGAAUCCAAAGCAAGGACUGUCCUUGAAUGUAAGAGGUGAGAGGGGAGGGGUGAGAGAGAAAGUGGGGUGCUUUUAAUUCUGUGCUAAAGCAGGACAUAGUCUCAGAGGGCUGAAGGGCUUGUCUGUCUUUCCACCUUCUCUCUGAGGCAUUUACAAAAACUUCAGCCAGGCAGGCAUUGUCUGUUUCGCUUUCAGACUUGCUGUUGAGUGCUGAGCCCUCAUUCUCCCCACAUCUCCAUCCCAUUGGCCAUUUUGCUGCCAUAACUGCGUCACCCAUGACCAGUGGCUACAACAGAGUUCCAGGUCUUAGCCAAGCCACCCUUCCAGGCGUGCACACACAGGGAUACUUGGUGCCAUGCUUGUAGUCCCAGGAAGAGAUCCCCUGGAGACAGGAGGUGGCUACAUGCUGUCCCGUUCUCCAAGGAGGCCUGUGUAAUGCCAUCCACAGAGAGGGGAACGAGGUGGGACCCCUCACCCUGUGGAGCCUGUUGGGCCCAGCAGGGUUGCUGCAGGGACUUCCUAAAGAUUUGUGACCCAGUUUGGCUCUUCUUUGGGGUUGGAAAUCUGAGCCAAUCUUGUAUCUGUUCCAUUUGUGUGUAAAGAGGAAGCCUAGAUUACGUAAGCUAACUUGGUCUUUCCAGGUCACAACAUUAAAUUAAAGAAAUAUCAUUUUUUAUACACUUCUCUGUGUCUUUAUUAAUCACACAUGGAAAUAAACUAUGACCUCCAGCCUAAAUCUGGCCCACCACCUACUUUUUGUUCAUUUUGUUUUGUUUUUGUGUUUUUGAGACAGGGUCUCACUGUGUCUCCCUGGCUGGCCUUCUGAUAGCUAAAAAUAUGUUUUAAGUUUAAAUUACUGUGCUUAAGAGGCCUAUAAAACAAAAAUGCCUCUAAUCUGUAAGCCCCACUUCCCCAAGGACGUAACUUCCUGGAACACCGGGGGCUGUUGUUCGUGGAGGAUAACCCCGUGUUUUUGCUUCUGUGAACAAACUUGGUUGGCCCCUACUGCCCAGGAUGUGUUUGAUCACACAUGGAUGGGAGGUACGCAGGCAGGAAGUAUGUAUGUAGUCAGGAUGUAUGCUUGCCCCUGAUUGGACGAAGGUGGGAAGUACAUAGCCUUGCGGGUUGUGCCUUUCUAAGCCCCUGUCUAA